CUAUAGUGCUACUAGCUCCAGGGGGGAUAAACAAUUUCCUAAAUUUAUAGUAGUCUGGAUAUAGAAGAUCAAUCUUUCUUUGAGGUAAAAUUAAUUAUGCCUCAUGGAGUUGUUCCUAUGGAAACUGGAUGGCCAAAGGAAGAUUUGAGAAUUGAGAACCAAAAAUUAGUUCAAAUAUUUAAUUAUUCUAAACAACAAUAUCACAAGAUUCAAAUAAAUAUGGAAGAGGAAGGAAAAGCUAUAGUUAAAUUAAAAAAAAAAGAAAAUGACCAGACAGGUUAGGGAUCUUGUGGAUGACUACGGUUGCAUCUUUACUUUACAUGGUGUGACCUCCUCCCUAGGAGACAUUGCAUUUGGAAUAUUAAUGCUUGUUGGUCUAAUACUCUUUUUUUUCUUUAAAAAAUUUUUUUCUUUUUGUAUGUUAUUUGUAGAAGCUUUGCAUACGCCAGAAAAAUAAGAAAAUUUUGCUAGCCCAGACGUCCCAAAUACCCUCCCAUUAUUUUGGACCUCAGGAUUGAGCUCUGAACCUGCCCUGACUGCUGUACUCCUGUCAUUGCCCCCUUUCAGCAGGAAGCAGUUGUUGUCCCAAUUCCUAAUGGCAGUUAGGAGUCAGGUGUUCAAAGAGGGGAAUAUGAUAGGAAAAGAUGGGAUUAGUAGGCAAAGAGGGAAAGGUUAGGACCUGAGGUCCCUGGGUUGAAAACAAAAGCAAAACAUAUUUUAGAACAAUGCUGGGAGGCCAACCACACAGACCCCCUCAGGCUUAAGAUUGCUCUUAAAAAAAAAAACAAAUGUCCCUGCCUUGUGCCCAAAUUAAACUUUAAAUGAAAAUGGAAUCAACUUAGAAGAGGAGGGAUUGUGAGAAUUAAGUGAGACGAUUCAUUUUCAGAAAUAUCAAAUUAAAUCUGUGCUGUCUAGUUAACAAUAGGUUAAUAACCUAUUGGAAAUAGGUACUAACCACCCCCCUCCCCUUCGACCACCCUGUGGAGUGUCAAACUCUUAAAUACUUCACUUCCUGCUUCUUCUUCCCCUCUCCAUUUUGUGGUCUUAUUUUUGAGGGCUUUGCAAUGAGCACUUGCCAAAGAACUGAAGUCUCUGUGCCUUACCUAAAGGAAUGUACAUUUGUUCCAGUCAGACUACCUUUUGCCUUACAUGGGCAUAGAAGACACCCAGACUGGUCAAAGGAAUGGAUUUUACAGAGGCUUACUCUGACACAUGCUCCACGGUUGGACUUGCUGCCAGGGAAGGCAAUGUUAAAGUCUUAAGAAAACUGCUCAGAAAGGGACGUAGCGUUGAUGUUGCUGAUAACAGGGGAUGGAUGCCAAUUCAUGAAGCAGCUUAUCACAACUCUGUAGAAUGUUUACGGAUGUUAAUUCAUGCAGAUUCAUCUGAAAACUACAUUAAGACAAAGACAUUUGAGGGCUUUUGUGCCUUGCAUCUUGCUGCAAGUCAAGGACAUUGGAAGAUUGUACACAUUCUUUUAGAAGCUGGGGCAGAUCCUAAUGCAACUACUUCAGAGGAAACCACGCCGCUGUUUUUAGCUGUUGAAAAUGGACAUAUAGAUGUGUUAAGGCUGUUGCUUCGAUAUGGAGCAAAUGUUAAUGGAUCCCAUUCUAUGUGUGGAUGGAACGCUUUGCAUCAGGCUACUUUUCAGGAAAAUGGUGAGAUCAUAAAAUUGCUUCUUAAGAAAGGAGCAGACAAGGAAUGCCAGGAUGACUUUGGAAUCACACCUUUAUUUGUGGCUGCUCAGUAUGGCAAGCUAGAAAGCUUGAGCAUACUUAUUUCAUCGGGUGCAAAUGUCAAUUGUCAAGCAUUGGAUGAAGCUACUCCCUUGUUCAUUGCUGCUCAGGAGGGCCACACAGAAUGUGUAGAGCUUUUGCUGUCCAGUGGGGCAGAUCCUGAUCUUUACUGUAAUGAGGAUGAUUGGCAGUUACCUAUUCAUGCAGCUGCACAAAUGGGCCAUACAGAAAUCUUGGAAUUGUUAAUACCACUUACCAACCGGGUUUGUGACACUGGGCCAGACAAAGUGAGCCCCGUUUACUCUGCAGUGUUCGGAGGGCAUGAAGAGUGCCUAGAAAUGUUACUCCAGCAUGGCUACAGCCCAGAUGCCCAGAUGUGCCUCAUCUUUGGGUUCAGCUCUCCCAUGUGUAUGGCUUUCCAAAAGGACUGUGAGUUUUUUGGAAUUGUGAAUAUACUUUUGAAAUAUGGAGCCCAGCUUAAUGAACUUCAUUUGGCAUACUGCCUGAAGUAUGAGAAAUUUUUAGUAUUUCGCUACUUUUUGAAGAAAGGUUGUCCAUUGGCACCAUGGAACCAUAUUUCUGAAUUUAUAAGUCAUGCAAUUAAAGCACAGACAACAUAUAAGGAAUGGCUGCCAUCUCUCCUGCUUGCUGGCUUUGACCCACUGAAUCUACUCUGCAGUUCAUGGAUUGACUCAGUCAGUGAUGACAUCCUUAUCUUCACUUUGGAGUUUACUAAUUGGAGGACACUUCCUCCAGCUGUUGAAAAGAUGAUCUCCACUCGUGCCUCAAACUCGUCUCGGGCUCUGCAGCAGCAUAUUGCCUGUCUUCCAUCCCUUACUCACCUUUGUCGUUUGGAAAUUCGGUCCUGUCUCAAACCAGAACACCUACGAUCUGACAGUUUUAUCUGUCAGUUGCCACUUCCCAGAAGUCUACAUAAUUACUUGCUCUAUGCAGAGGUUCUGAGGAUGAAUGAAGUUCCAGCACUGACAGCUAUUGAAGAUGGAGAAAUCAAUGAAGCUACUUAAUGCAGCUCCUGUCUUACUCCGAAAACUACCAAAACAAAGAGCCAUGCAGUACAAAUUCUUCAUGAUUUCAUAGUCAUAAAAGAUGAUUUUUGUUUGUGUGGUUGGUUAGGUUUUGAAGGGACAGUAGUUUAAUGUAAAUGUUUACAAUUGGGCUUUCUGGUAAAAAAUACUAAAAACUUCACUUAUGUUACUUUAUUGCAGAUUCACCAGCACAUUUUAUGUUGUAAAUUCAUUUAUGUAACUGUUUUCCACUUUAUUCUGUUAAUGAACUAUGAGGCUGCUUCUAGUGCUGAACAUGGCAUAUUUCCAUUUACGAUUCUGUGUUUACCUCGGGCUAGGAGCUUAGAAUGGACUGCAUAAAACUUUCCUGGAAGUGUACACAUAAUGGGGUUGAAGCUAUCAUCAUCAUCAUUAUUAUUAUUAUUAUUUUAUUUAAGGUUGACUAUCUCUUAUGUUUAUAAAUAAGUCCAUUCUCAUCUCUUAAUUUGGUCAGUUUUAUGAAGAAUUGCUAUUCAUUGGCUUUUCACAGAUAAACUCAGGGGAGAAUUUUUUUUAAAGAAUAUAGAAAAUGAAUAAUUUUGCUGUUGUUGUUAGUUUUACCCCACAGUUCCUUGAUACUGUCUUUGGUUAAAAGAAACUCCAUUUCUGCAAUGGCAAGAACAGAUCUAAACUCAAAGAUAGGCUCAGUUGAAAAAAAUUAGGUCAGUAUUGAAAUAAAUGAGCAUUUAACCACAUUUAGAGUACUAAUCAGGAGACUAACAGGAGCAUUUCUGUGGCACCAUCUUUAAAGAAAGAAAGCUAUGUAUUUCUGAGUCUUAUAGUAUCAAAUAAAACAUUCCAGCUCCAUUCAGCCUCUAUAUCAGAGGGCAGCUUUGAUCCUAUGAGGCAAUGACUGCCAGUUAUAUUCAUAUUAUAGUGUUUUUCCUUUUUAUUAUCUAGAUAGGUUAUAAAAUAGUCCUUGAUCCUAUGAAAUUUAGACCUCAGAAUCCUAGGGUAAUGAGACACCACCUCACUGGUUUUACAGUUGUUCAAUAUGAAUCUAUAGUCAGAGAGGACUAAACAUUGGAUCAGGUGAGCUACGGUUAAGAUGCUGUCAGGACCAACCUUGAAAGAAAAUUUAUGAAAGCAUUACUGUCAUGACAGACAACUAGAAAUUGGGUCCAGAGGAGGGCAGGUCUUCUCUCCUGUUGGGAUUCUGUGGAUUGAAAUAGAUGGGAGUAUGUCAGGUGCAUCUCUGAAAGGCCUUUGCUUUUUGAUAAUAGCAGUGGAUGAAGUCAGACCAAAUGAUGGAAGCAAUGUUAAGGUCCAGAUGGAUGACUGAACUCCGUGCAGAUUAGAGCUAUAGUUGCUGCCUGUGGGUGGAGAUAGAGUUUGAAUGUGGGUAUACAGGCAGAAAUAAGUAUAAAUUUGGAAAACCAGGUGGAAAUUCUGAUACUUAAUAAAGAAAUUCCAAGGAUGUAUGUACUAUGUAGUAAUUUUUAAAUGUCCUAAUCUUUAUUUUUCCAAACUCCAAGUCUCUGAUUUUUAACAUAACUGGUUUAUUAUUACAGCUAGAUGCACAUAGAAUGUUUACAUUUGAGGGUGAAUCUUCUCGUGUUUUUGUUCAUGUUCAAAUAUGUAAUAAAAAUUAAACUAUCCAUAACAUCA